AUGCUGUCGCAGGAGGGUGUGGAGGCAGAGAGCCCGUCGGCUAAGCAAGUGACUGUAAUGGUGCUUGGGGCCAGAGUACACCAUCCCGCCGGGCUCCUCGCACCGGGUCUCUUGGAUAUCAUGCAAGGCAUGCAGCAGCUGUACCAACAGCUGGAAGAAGACCCGAAAGUAUGGGGCUUUCUCGGUCACACUCCCGCCCUGGUAUCUUCGGAGGAUUCCGCAAACAACACCAUCAUCUGGCUGUUGUAUUGGGAGACACCCGAAGCACUGCACCACUUUGCCAUCAGCAGCAUGCAUCCCAAGUUGGUGCAGGAAUAUCAGCGACAGGCCAGUGCGAGCGGGUACCAUGUGGGAAUCAUGCACGAGGUAUACGACGUCCCUGCACGACACUGGGAAACCAUCUAUCUCAACAUGCGGCCAUUUGCAAUGGGUGGGUCGCCCCGAUGUCUGUUGCUUCCUUGA